GUAAGUUGGAGGUUGGAGAAUUUAUAGUUUGUCAAUUCCAGUUGUCAAUAUUGUCAUACCAUUUUUUCACUAGUGGAAGUAAUUCAAAGAAGUCGUGGGAAUUUUUCAAAGCCCCUCAAUCCAUAGGGCUUCUGAAAUCAUGCCUUUACAACUGGUGUUGAAUAAUAUUGAUAGUGAAGUUGGAGCGAAUGAACCAUGGCCAGACGAUGUCAAGCUAUUCCAGCCUUUUGAAACAGAACAGAUUUUACUGCCGGAUAAUGCAAGCUCAUUGGCAGUCCAAGCAUUUCUUAGGAUGUGCAAUCUGCAAUAUGAAGUUGUUCAGAGACGAAAUGCUGAAGAAAUGUCACCCUCAGGGCGAGUCCCGUUCAUUAAAUGUGGUGCUUUUCUGAUAUCUGAACUGGAACCUCUUAUGAGCUUUCUUGAAAACAAGGUAUAACCAUUGACUAUUGGAUACAGAAGAAGACAUCCCAUCUAUAUGGAUCAGCUGUCGCCAAUUUUUUACUAAAAAAUAAUGUAGUUGUGUGAGCCAGUCACAGAUUGCGCUAGUGUCUAAAACUCUAUUUUGUACCUUAUUUU